AAACCAGCUCCAGAGAAGACAGCUAAGAAGCAAAAUGGUAGACACACAAAAGGUGCUGCUAAUUUAAGGGGGAAUAUGGUCACCCUGACCCAGGACCAGCUCAACGCCAUAUUGGCCACCAUUGGGCAGGUGACACAUGGAAGUCAAGUGAAAGUGGACAUUGACCCAAACAGCCAAGAACUAAAAAUUGACACUGUUGAGGGAUCAGAUGACCAGAACAGUCAAUCAGAACACAAAGAUCAGAAAGAUGGGCCAGCAGAGACAUCUGGUGACGGUAACCAAGGUGACCAGGAGGGCACCUAUGUCCCAGGUCUGGGAUUGAUCAGCUUUCCAAAGCAACCUGCAGAAACAAAUCAGCAGACAGUAGAAAGAAUUAAUGUCAGUAAUAAAAAUAGGAACUCUGUGUCUGAUUCCCAGCAGUUAUCAAAGGAGACCGACACAAAGCCUAAAGAAGAGAGUAUAUAUAAUAUGCUGAAGAAACUUGGUGCUGGUGACAGAGAGAAAAAGGAGGACAAGGAAAACAAGCAAAAGGACAAAAGUGACAGGAAAACAAGGAAGGAGAAGGAGGGUGGUGAUAAACAGGACAAACUAAGGUCAAACGGAGACCAUAAACAAGACAAAGCGGAACCUGAACCAGACAAACAAGCAAAAAAGGAGAAGAAAUCUAGAAAAGCAUCAACCAAAGCUGACGACUCUGACAACAAAAAAGACCAUGUAUCUCCAGAAGCUGCUUUUGAGGACAAAGAGUCGGCACAGGAUGGGACUGGCGAUGUUCCUGCCGUGGCCGUCCUGGAGGCAAAAUUCUCCCCGCCUGUCCCCAGAGCUCAUAUGACCAAGGCAGAGCUGAAGAGACAGCAGUGGGAGGAAGAGAGAAAGGAACUAGAGGCUCUCAGCAGAAUGCCCAUACAUGCCACAGCAGCAUCUACUCCAAGAACAGCAGCAGACGACACACGUCAUGCAGCACUGCCAUCUGGUGGUGAAACACAAAACAAUGCUGCACAUAUUCCCAGGGGUCACAUGACCAAAGCAGAACUGAAGAGGGCUCAGUGGGAGCAAGAAAAGAAAGAAGCUAAUAAACUCAGUGAUUAUUAUUUUGAGAGCACCCAUCCAGCUUCCAAGACAAGAGAUGUGAAAGUCGCUCAGUCUGACACAACCCAAAUGCCCAAAUCAGAACUGAAAAAACAACACCGAGAACAGGAAAAGAAAGAGAUUCAGGAAAUGAGGUCAAGCAAGACAAGCCAGUCCAAAACCAAUGCAGCUGUGCCCUCUACUGGUGAUGAUGAUGCUUAUAACCAGGGACAGUAUGUACCCGGCCUGGGUUUUGUUCCAACCCUGCCACAGCAACCAGCUGAUAUAACUCAGAGACAAGUGGAUGUGGCUGUGGGGUCAGUCGGUGUCCAGCAGGCAGGGAGUGACCACCAACAGCCAGUCACACUGACCAGUCCACGAGUCUUUCAACCAUUAUCCAAGGCUGAACUGAAGAGACUGCAGUGGGAGAAGGAAAGAGCUGAGCAGGUCCAGGAGUACAGUCCUUGGGGGAAACCAGGAGCAGGUGCCCCUAUACGCAGUAACUCUGGCACUGUGCUGACUGACUAUCACUCUAGACUGGAGCAUGUAAUGAGAAGAUCACAAGAGGAGGCUGCUUUGAGGAAGUUACAGCAACAACAACAGUCACAGCAACAACAACAACAGUUACAACAACAACAGUUACAGCAGCAACAACAGUUACAACAACAACAACAACAAGUACAACAACUACAAACACAGGCAGCUUCCAAUGCUUUUGUUCCUGCAGCAAUGAGAAGCAACUUUACACUGACAGGUGCAGCUGCUGAAAGUGAGAGGUUUUUGUCUUCUAAGGAUGAAGAAAAAAGGAGAUGGUUAGAAGAAUUAGACAAGCAGAGGACAGAGAAACAGAUGCAGAAACAGAGAGAGAAAGAGCAGCGACAGCAAACAGAUCAGGAUACAUGGGCCGACAAACUGAGUCUAUACCAGACUGCCCAGCCUUCAUUACAGCCCCCUGCAGCUGUCCCUGGGGCAGUGUUAGAUGACCUCAGGGCACAGGUGCCAGGUUUGGAGACGGUGACCAGUCCCCGGCAGACAAGUGCCCCCCAGGUGGUUACUGAGAGUGACAGGUCCCACGUUCGGGGACAGGGGAUGUAUGUGGACGAACAGAGAAGGCAGCAAAUGGAACAGGAGAGGAAAAGACAGUUAGAACAUCAGCGUUCAAUUCAGGCGCAGGUGGAGGAGAAGCAGCGUCUGAAACGAGAGGCCCUGGAGCGCCAGAGGAUUGAGGAGGAGGAGGAGGAACGCAGGGUGAAACGGGAGCGAGAUUUGAUGAAUUUACAGUUCCAGCUGGACCAGGAGAAACUGAAGAAAAAAGAGAAAGCAGAGGAGGAUCGAGUGAGAGAACUGAAACGUGCCAUAGAUGAAGCCAAGGCUCAGGCAGAGAAGGAGAAGCAUGAGAGACGGAUGAGGAAACUCCAAAAAGGAGGGCAUGAUAUCUCUAACCUAAAUGCAAGUUUUGAAGCCAAACAUUCCCCUAGAACUGAAGUACCCCAGACUCAGGUACCUGGGUUGCCUUCUGAGCCAGUUCCAGGAGGUCCUGUCCCUGCAGCUGCUCCAGUCACCAUUCCACCUGCCUUUGUACCAGGGUUAGGGACUGUUUCAGUGCCAGAGGGUGUACCCUCUCAGACUGCUGUUUUGCCUCCCUCCCUUGUUCCAGUAAUUGGGCCUGGGGGCACCACAACAUAUAUUGCUCUCCCUCAGUCGUUUUCCCAGGCAGUAGUCCAGCCUUAUACAGAGAACCGUGUGCUGACCCCUUCCAAGCUGAGGUCAGGUGUGGGGAGAGAGUUUGGCACACAGACAGAUGAGGGCUUGUCUAGAGAGGAAAGUGUUCAGAUUGAGUACAAAGGAUCUGCUAAAGAGACCUCAAGGAAUCCCAAAAAGACAAAGGCUACAGUUAGAGUGAAAAGUGCCGAUACACACCGAGAACCACCAACAGAAGAGACGACAAAGCGUAAAAAGAGGCCACUGAAGGUUGAAGAGAGGCCUGCUUGGGGUGCAUCAGGAAAAAGUAAAGCCAAAGUGAAACAGUCUGAACGAGAUCCUUUCUUCGAAAAGAGAAAGAAAGCUCGAGAGGCAAAAAAGGCUGAAAGAGCCCAGCAGAUACUGAAACUGGUGGAGGCAAAUUCUCCCAGGGCGCUGUCUUCAGCGAGGAAUCAUGCAAGGUCCAAAUCGCCCCCUGUUCCUGCUCUCAGGUUAAAUGAUGGUGCUGAAAGAGGAGGUGCAGCCCAUGGGGACCAAUCGCAGAAAGGUGCUACAUCUCAUCGCAAGGAGGAAAUUUCCCACAGAGGGCAGGUCAGUAACCGCUCUGUCAGUCCAGCCAGAGGUACCACUCACAGAGACGCGCAAAUAAGUCAUCAGACUCACAGACCACAGACGUACAGAGCUGAGUCCCCUCCUGUCCCUGCUCUGCGUAACCAACAGAACCAAGGGAGAAAAUCGCCACCAGUUCCAGCACUGAAGCACAAGAUGGCCGCCGAAGAAAAGAGCCACAGUGAACACCAGCAAUCUCAUGUAGAUAUACUGAGGGUUGAAGAUUACCAAAAUGACUACCACAGUGACGCUUUCAGUUAUGACAAUUACAAACCAAAAGAGGUUGCCACUGGUGCUCCCGUUCGCACCAAGUAUGGUGAAGGGGAGCAGGUGUCCCCCGUCAACAACGCUUCAGACUUUGUUCCCUUCACGAGAACAAGUGAGGUCCUUGACCCUGCACAUGCAGAAUCCCCGGUGCCCAUGUCGCGCGAAGGCACGGAAGCGGAGAAAGCGCGUAAAGCCUAUUGGCAGGGGAGGAAGCCAGGCAAGUUUGGACAGCAGCUUGAGAACUACUCUGAUAGCCGUAUUGUGGAGGAGACCCCCAGCAGGACAGAGAGCAGUGCCAAGGAUCCUAUUCUAAACCCCAGCCUUGUGACAGACCAUCCCACACAGAGACAGGGGUACAUACUGGAACAGUUGAAUGGACUCAAAAUGGGUCUUCUUCAGAGACAGCGUGAGAUCGAGUCCUAUCUACCCACAAGUCAGUUACAGCGCCAGGACUACGAUGUCAGAGAUCAGAACUACUAACCAGGAAAAAUAGACUGGUAACUGCAUGCAAUUUCCUGUUUUAGUGAAAAGAUCUGAUCUGUGAACGUAUCUAGGUUAUUCAUCGCAUGAUAGUCACUUGACUGGUUAUGUGAUCACCCGUGAUCAGAUUUCUGUCAGUGUGUAUAAUAAACAUUACCAGAGAGAGUAGUUUUUACCUUAACCAAACAACUCAAAAAUUGCCAGAACUGUGCAAAAAGCCAAAAGCCUUAACGCAACAUUGACAGCUUUAACAGUUUUACACCUUGGACUCAUGGUCAUGUUGACCAGCCUUGACACUAGGUUGUCAGCCUUGACACUAGGUUGUCAGCAUUGACAUUAGGUUGUCAGCAUUGACACUAGGUUGUCAGCCUUGACACUAGGUUGUCAUCCUUGAAACCAAAGUUCAGUUGCCAUUACAACAACUCCACUGAUAGAUACUGUGUGUAAAGUGAACUAUGAAAACUGCUGCAUUUAUUGUGAUAUUAUUUGCAUCUAGAAAGCUUGAUGAAUGGUGAAAUACUGAUUAGAAACCAUGUGUGUUUAUACAUUGUAAAGUUAUGUUAAAUUUAAUGGGAGUUGUAUAUAUCUGGUAUUUCCUAUAUAUAUAUUUUAGUUUUAUAAAGAUAAUUAUUAAAAUUAUAUUUGUAAUGUUGUGUAUUUAUUUUUUAAUUCUGUGUAUAUAUAUUUGUAAAUGGCAACUUAGAGUGUUUGUAGUAAGAUAUAUGCAAUUGUGUUAAAAUACGGGUCUGUUAGGACAACAUUUGACAGUAUUUCCCCCACUUAAGAUCUUAAAGUCUAUCCACGACCGUGCCUAGGAGGCACGACCGUGCCUAGGAGGAGAAUCCAGCUGGAAACGUGUGGAAGAAUUAAAAAGAAUAGAUGAAAAAUACCCGUUAGUUAAAUGUUGGUCGUACUCAUAAAGUUGUUUUUUUUUAUUAUUUUUUAUUUUUGGGAGUGAUGUGUACUGAUGUUUGACCUUCACGCUAAUGGCAAAAAAGGUAAUUUAUUAGUUAAAUUUAUAUUUCUUUUUCCAGUGUAUAAAAGAUGUAAUUGUGUAAUAUAUGUAAUAUAUAUUUUUAUUACUAAAUUAUUAAAACUAUGAAUCUGAGCAGUGUAGUUAUUUUCCAGUUUAUGGUCAUACAUUAUUUGUAAAAAGAUUUCAAGAUAUUAUUUAUUUACAUGAAAUUAAUUGCCUCUUUCCCGAUGUAUAAUGGUAUUUCUAAAACUUGAUAAAUGUAAAAUGUUCCCAUAUUAAUUUUUUGCAUGUUUUGCUAUGCUAUACUAACUGAAAACCAUCUAAUUAUUCAUUGUCAUUGUCAUAUUGGAUGCUUUUUGGUGCUGUUUUGUACUUCAUAAUGCAGAAUAUUACCCACCAACUACAGAUAAUAAAUCAGUGAAAGUACUGAAGUAUA